AUGUCUCCCUCUGCGAUCGACGAUCGAGUGCCGCAGGCGCCUCAAGAAAAGUCAUAUCCGCCGCCCAAGAUAUUCCCCGUCAAGGAAACCAAGUUUGAAAAGUUCAUCGAGCCCCAGACUGACGGCCGCAAGAGAGCGCUGGAGCAGCCCGGCGGCGCUGCCAUCGUGAUAGAUAAUGGAUCCUCCGCCAUUCGAGCAGGAUGGUCCUUCGAGUCCGCGCCCCGGAUCAACAUACCGCCCAUCAUGGCCAAGUACCGUGAUAGAAAACUUGCAAAGACCUUCUCCUUUGCCGGCUCGGACUGCUAUGCUGAUACGACGGCACGAGGCCAUAUCCGAAACGCAUUCGAAGCCGGCACCGGCAUUAUAAGUAACUGGGAUGUGGCAGAGCACGUCUUGGAUUACAUCUUUCUGAAGCUGGGCAUGAACGAUGCCAGCGGCGCCAUCGAUGUGCCGGUGGUCAUGACAGAAGCUGUCGCAAACCUGCCUUAUUCAAGAAAAUCGAUGACCGAGAUUAUUUUCGAAUGCUACGGCGCACCGUCCCUCGCCUACGGUAUCGACUCGCUUUUCUCGUACAGGCACAACAAGGGAAAGACGGGACUUGUCGUGUCCUCCUCUCAUACAUCUACUCACAUAAUACCAGUCUACAACUCGAAAGCGCUUCUCUCGCAAGCCACAAGACUGAACUGGGGUGGCUACCAUAAUGCCGAGUAUCUGCUGAAGCUGAUUAGGUUGAAGUACCCUGCCUUUACUGGUAAACUCAACUCCUCACAAGCAGAGCACAUGAUUCAGGAUCAUUUCUAUGUCUCAAAGGAUUAUGAUGGCGAGAUCCGCGAUUAUCUUGACUGGACAGGCUUGGAAGAUCGAGACAUUGUCAUCCAGUAUCCUUUUACAGAGGAAGUGGUCGUUCAAAAGAGCCAGGAAGAGCUGGAUCGUAUUGCAGAGCGCAAAAAGGAGAGCGGAAGAAGAUUACAGGAGCAGGCUGCCAAGAUGAGACUCGAGAAACUCAUCAAGAAGGAACAAGAUUUGGAAUACUACAAGAACCUCCAAGGUCGGAUAACCGACGAGACGAAGAAGGAAACGCGGCGGCUGCUCGACAGCCACGACAUCAAAGAUGAGGGCCAGCUCGAGAAGAUUAUCAAGGAGCUGGAGAAGUCGAUCAAGAAGGCCCGUACCAAGGAUGUUGGGGGCGAUCCUGAAGAAGAACAGGAACAGCCGGAUUUUAGUCUCUUGGACAUUCCGGACGAGGAGCUCGAUGAGGCACAAAUAAAGCAGAAGCGACAGCAACGUCUUCUCAAAUCAAAUCACGAGGCUCGGGCUCGUGCCAAGGCUGAGAAGGAGGCAGAAAAGACCCGCGUCGCUGAGGCGGAGCGGCUUGACCAGGAGCGUCGUGAGAAUGAUCUAGAUGGAUGGCUUGACAAGAAGCACCAAGCCUUGCAGGACACGCUCCAGAAGAUCAAGGAGCGCGAUAGGCUGAAGCAGGACCUGGGCAACCGCAAGUCCCUCGCAUCCCAGAUCCGCAUGAAGAGCAUUGCCAAUCUCGCAUCCGACAACCCGACGAAGAAGAGGCGGCGCGGCGGCGACGACGACAACUUUGGUGCCAACGACGACGACUGGGGCGUGUAUCGCCAGAUUGCGGUGGGGGACAACAGCGACGAGGAGCAGGAGGAGGAGGAUCUCGCUUCCACUCUGAAGACGCUAGAGCAGGAUCUGCUCAAGUACGACCCCAACUUCACCUACGAAAACACCCAGGAGGCCCAGACUGUAUGGUCCAAGUCUCUGCUCCACGCCUUCACCCGCGGCCCGCGACCAAUCGACCCGGCGUCUCAGGCAGAGCUGCACCAGAUCCAUCUCAACGUCGAGCGCAUCCGCGUGCCCGAGGUCGUCUUCCGGCCCUCCAUCGCCGGCGUCGACCAGGCCGGCAUCAUCGAGAUUGCGGGCGACGUCCUCACGCAGCGCCUCGGGAGCUUGCCCAACCGCGACGACUUCCUCAAGGACAUCUUCCUCACGGGCGGCAACACCUUGUUCCGCAACUUUGACGACCGCGUGCGGGACGGCCUGAGGGCCCUGCUGCCGGCGGAUUCGCCGCUCAUGGUGCGUCGGGCUGAGGAUGCGCUGCUGGAUGCUUGGAAGGGCGCGGCUGGGUGGGUUGGGUCGUCGGCGUGGAAGACGGCGGCGAUAUCGCGGGAGGAGUAUCAGGAAAAGGGAGCGGAGUACAUCAAGGAGCACGACAUGGGCAACUCGUACGCGUGA